AUGUCCGCAUCUGAUCCCACUCGUGCCCAACUUGAACAGCAGCUGACCAAGAAGAAAAACGAAGUUGACCAGUUACUCCAGCUUGAAGCUCACAAACUCCUCCAACAGCGAACCUCCCUCGCUGAGAAGCACCACAAGACCUUUUCCUUACUAACUGCUCUUCAAAAUCAAAUUCUCGAUGAAGAACUCAUCCAGUGGAAGCGAUCCCAAGCACUAGCGUACAAUGGUGUGAUCCAAGAAGGCUCGCUUGAUCAGCUGCAGCAAUGGUGCGAGCGACUGGCCGAGAUUAUCUGGCAAUGUCGUCAGCAAAUUAAGCGCGUGGAACUUCAGCGUCAACAAUUGCCUAUCAACAACCAAGGUGUAGAUCUUCUUCCUGAAUUGAACACGACAAUCACUGCCCUCCUCUCAACCCUCGUCACUUCCACUUUUAUCAUCGAAAAGCAGCCACCGCAGGUUCUCAAAACGCAGACUAGAUUCGGCUCAACAAUCCGAUUGCUUGUUGGUGGGAAGUUGAAUGUGCAUAUGAAUCCACCUACUGUCAAAGCAACUAUCGUCUCCGAAGCUCAAGCAAAAGCUCUUCUGAAAAACGAAAACGCACGUGCUUUGUCCGAGACAUCUGGUGAGAUUCUCAAUAAUUCAUCAAUAAUGGAGUACCAUCCUCAAAGCGGUGUUCUCUCCGUUAACUUCCGAAACAUGUCGCUCCGGAGAAUCAAACGAUCUGAUAAACGAGGUGCUGAGUCAGUUACUGAAGAGAAAUUUACCAUUCUUUUCCAGUCUCAAUUUUCUGUCGGUGGAAACGAGCUUGUUUUCCAAGUGCGAACUCUCUCACUCCCGGUAGUGGUCAUCGUCCACGGAAAUCAAGAAGCAAAUGCAACCGCUUCUAUCCUUUGGGAUAAUGCCUUUGCUGAACAGGGACGAAUUCCAUUCCAAGUUCCAGAUAAAGUGGCUUGGAAUCGUAUCAUUGAAACGCUGAAUUACAAGUGGAAGCAUGAAUGCCAGAGUGCACACGGGCUGACUACAGGAGCGAUGCGUUAUCUUUCUCAAAAACUAUUCAGACAACCACUUGCGCCAAACUCUGAAAAGCCCGUUAGCUGGGCACAAUUCAAUAGAGAGCCGCUACCGGGAAGAAAUUUCACCUUCUGGCAAUGGUUCAACGGUGUGAUGGAACUUACAAAAUCAAAGCAUGUUCAGCCUCACUGGCUUGACAGGGGCUGUGUUGGAUUUAUUUGCAAAAAUGAGAGCCAGGAAGCACUCAUUCAAAAACCCGGUGGAAGUUUUCUCCUCCGAUACUCAGAUUCUGAAAUUGGCGGAUUGACGAUUGCCUGGGUCUCUGAAAACGAGAACAAACAGAAACAGGUCUGGAAUUUGCAGCCGCACACUGCAAAGGACUUCAACGUAAGAGGCCUUGCCGAUCGAAUUCGAGAUUUGGAGCAGUUGCACUUUGUCUACACCCAGGACGAGCGCAUUGUGGGCAAGGAAGAGAUGUUCUCCAGAUAUUACUCCAAGUCGCCGAACCCGCCAAGCCAGCCAAACGAUGGAUACGUAAAGGCUGAGAUUCAGGUCACGAUCCCGAACAUUGCGGGAAUCUCUCUUGGCUCUCCUGUCCACGAGGGAAGCGUAACAUCACCGCGAUCACCAUCAAGUGGCUAUGGAGACCACCAAUCUUUGAUGUCUUCCCCACAAGCAGGCCCAGUGCAGUACGAAAUGCCAAGCCAAAUAUCUCAGGAUCAAAUGGACUUCUCUGAAAACGCGCAGCAAAACAACUCUGCAAACGGUGUCGGCUUCGAUCCUCAAAACAGCUUCGACCAGUUCGACUCGUCAAACACCAUCGACGUGAAUGAGUUGCUUUCGAAAGUGAACUAA